CUCGGUUAGGAACUACAUACCCGACCAAUGGCGACGAAGCGAAAGUGUGAAGAUGGCAAAUCAGUAGUUCAGUCAGCCGAUAGUUUGAGAGCAUUACUGUCGUCUGCUAUCACCAGUCAUGAUUCCGCCGAAAUUGCUCUUCUUCACAUAAUGCACCAACACGAUUUCGAUUUGAGCAUGUUGCGAGAGAUCUUGUCUGAGGAUCGGACAGACGCUAAUUUUUCCAAUGUCAAGUACGAAGCCAUCGCGUCGUUCGUCGGACUUGAAGCCAGUCUCCAGAUGGCAGAUAUCGACAAUUUCACGCUGCAUCGUUCUCGCAUUCCCACGACUCUUUUUAAAUCCAUUCUGGAGGAUAUGGAUAUUAUGCAGACCCACUAUGGGCCUCCAAUUAUGCAUGAAACGGGAGAGGCGAGAUCCCGGUUCCUGUCGCCAAUCUUUAAUCGUCUUGUUGCUGUAUUCGAGUUUGCUUUCAGGAAUCUGCCCGAAUCACUUCUUGAAGGUCGCAUCGCCACCGGGGGUGUGGAGUAUUUCUUCAAGGCCUUCGGCUCUAUUUCGCUUCUUUUCAUCGAAUUCAAACUCAAAACUGGCAGUGCAAAGGAGCGCUUAGACGCAAUUGCCCAACUAAUCGCAGAGUGCGACGCUGGUGACUGGAACAAUGCGCGACAGGGCUUCCGCGUUGCUGUGCAUGGUAUCCUGUGCGAUGGAGAUGUAUUUGAAUUCUUCCAGUUCGAUGGGAGCACCGAACCUCCCACAUUCCGUCAAGGACGCGAUAGCUCGGUUCCUCGAACUGGUAUGCAGCUCCCCAACUUCACACGGACCGCGACACCUCGUCAAUUUGUCAAUGCCCUUCGCCCAAUAUGCGAGACCAUAUUUGACCUGAUGUUGAAUGCUUAUACCUUGAGCUUGGAGGCAUGGCACACCCGCUCUGCAAAGAAGGGUGCCGAAGAAGGGAGGCCUCGACCAAGUCUGGAUAAAUGGGGUCGGGCUAUCGGAUUUGCUCAUGAGGCACUAGAAUGUUUCAGAAAUGCAGAAAUAAUGCGUCAGACUAGGCCUAUUGAUGAGGCCAAUGCAGUUGUUCAGCAAGCGAUGGAAUUUCUCAAGCACAGCAUAAAUGAGGUUCCCAUCAUUCACAAACCAGCACUGAUUAUGAGUGGUUGGGAUGGCACGGAGGUUGAAACUGUAUGAGGAGUCCCUCUCCACGUGUCUACCGACGGGAUAUGUGGAUUUCUCCGUGCAAGGAAGGAUGUUUAAAUUAUGGUCCGCAGUGCUGCAUUCUCUGAUUUGGGGGAAAAUAAGUGUUCUUCAUCACAACUUGUCAUUCUGGAUGAUUCUUCCGAGGUGUUUGAAAUCUUUGUGAACUAUCUUUACAAGUACAUUUCCGUUCCUGUAUAUAGUGUUUACUAGGGCUCCUAGCGGAUCGGAUGAUCUGCGAGAUCUGAGGCAAAUACGGGUGAAAUUUCCCAUAUUUACUGUAACUCCUACUCUACUGUGGACCUAUCGGUAAUAUAAUGAGCUUUCUUUCUC